AUGCGGUUCACUCCAGAUAAUUUGGAAGAUUGGUGGACUUUUUGUUCAACAGGGAGAUCCAAACAAUGCUCUAUGCUUCUUAUUGCAGCCUCAACCUUUAUUUUGUACAGUUUAUGGGAAGCUAGAAACAACGAGAGGUUCAACAACACUAAACCGAACGUCAAUCUUGUCAUUAGAAGAGCUUUCAACAUUAUGAUUAGACCUGCUAGAGCUCCCAACAUAGUUGAAGUCCUUUGGCAUCCGCCGUCUCUUGGUUGGAUAAAAUGUAACUGUGACGGUGCGUAUAAUCAUAAUGGACUUCCUGCAACGUGUUGGGGUCUGUUUAGAGAUCAUAGAGGCAAUUUUCUCUUGGCUUUUGCAAACUCGGUUCCUUGGAGGUCCUCCUUUUUAGCCGAGUUUGGUGUUGUUGUUCGGGCUAUGGAAGUUGCGAUUGAGAGAGGCUGGCAUAGCCUUGGAUAG